GACUACAUCGCAAUCGAUCACAUUAGAAGACGCACCGUUCUAGAGUCUAAUAAUAGCUUAUAAUCACCCGUGCGUGUUUAGUCAAGAGACGGAUUUUUUCAGUAACAAGAACCUAAUUCCACAAUGGCCUCAAUUGAUAGCGAUCCUCUAUAUACCGAGCUGUGCAGUGAUAAAACGCUCAGUUCCCAGAAGGAAGGAUUCUUUAACGCAUUCUACUGGACAGUGGCGGAAAACUUCACCGGGCAGAAUGAACACUGGCUGCGGGACGUGUUCGGCAAGGUGCAACCGGGAAAUGAUGCGGCCAAACUGCAGCUGAUUUACGAAGAUCCAGUGGUGUGUUUUGAAGUUCUUGGGACUCUGGAACAUGUCAAACCGGUGUUCCGCGGCAAGGACGCCAAGUUCAGCUGGCAGCGACGCGAGCAGGCUACCAAGCUGUUGAACGAAGGCAAGGUGCAACAAGCACUGUUGAUGGCUAGUCAGGCGGUCAUUAAGGCUCCUGGCAAGGGGGUGGAUACGCACAUCGAUCAAGGCAUGACCCUGGCCUGUGCGUUCUGGACCAGGGCCGAAGUGUUGAUUCGUAUGUUGGACGGCAAGCAUGCUUUGAGGGACUUGCAGAUGGCUGCAAAGGCAGGCUUCCCGGUGAAGGCGAAUGGCGAGUACUACGGAAAGAUGGCUAAGUGUUAUGCGCUUAUGGACGACAUGAAGCGAGCAGAAGUAUCAGCCAAGCUGUUUCACCAGCUUGCAGGUUUUGACGAUUACAGACUGCAGCGCCUACGAGAAGAUUUGGAAGAUUUGAGGACAUUGAAGGCUGAAGAUGCUGCAAUGAAACCCAAAGAUCCAGAGGCGAAACUUCCGGAGCUCGCUGGAGGAGCAAACGAAGAGCUGAAUGGUGCAUCUAAGAAAAUUUCGCUCAGUGGAACAGUCGAGGAGUCGAAAAGGGGUCGCUAUAUCGUUGCGACAGAAGAUCUCAAGCCUGGUGAAACGGUACUGGUAGAGCCAGCUUACGGAGCAUGUCUUUAUCCAAAGUUCUUCGGAACGCAUUGCAAUCAAUGUUUCUCCAGAUUGAUCGCUGCUGUACCUUGUGAGGAUUGCUGCGGUGUAGCCUUCUGCUCUCCGGAAUGCCGUGAUCAGGCCUUCGCAGGUUAUCAUCGCUUUGAAUGCAAAUAUUUGGACCUCAUGAUUGGAUCCGGUAUGUCGAUUCUGUGCCACCUGGCCCUUCGACUGGUCACUCAGGCCGGCUCUCCCGAGAAAGCAACCGAAAUCACCAAAGAAUUAUCUCUGUGUGCCCACGCGGAACAUCGCAGCCAAGAGGACUACUUCCGGCGAACUUUGAUGGCUGCUUUCUUGCUGAGGUGUCUCCAAAAGUCGGAGUUCUUCGGUCGCCGUAAGACAGAAGCUGCCGAACCAACACCAAUAGAAGCGAAAGUUGGCGGAGUGAUCUUGGAACUUCUUCAGUCCCUGCAAUUCAACGCCCAUGAAAUCUACGAGACGAAGAUCACCGGGGAUCAUCGAGUCGACUCCACCAAAGUUCAAUACAUCGGCGUGGGAGUUUACAAGACCGGAGCCAUGUUCAACCACGAAUGCCAUUCGGGAGUUUCACGAACUUUCCUGAAGACUACCAUGAUCUUGCACACCAGCCGGCCGCUGACCAAGGGUAGCUCGGUUCCGGAGAACUACGGAAUGCACUUCAUUCGUCAACCACUGCCCGUUAGACAAAAAGUGCUUCGUUCACGCUAUUGGUUCAAGUGUGAUUGCAAAGCCUGUUUUGAGGACUGGCCAAUGCUGGAGAAGAUAAACGACAAACCGAAACUUCGCUGCCCACAACCAGAUUGCGCAGGAGUGCUUCCGUAUGCGCCGAAGGGGAAGUGUUGCAAGUGUAAGAAAAACGCCAACUUCGAAAGUACCUUCAAGAUCCUGCGGCAGUGUGAGGACUUAUACGAUGAGGGCGCCAAAAAGAUGACUCAGGAACGUCUCGAGGAAGCAGCCGAAUCAUUUAGCCAAGGGAUCAACUUGUUCUACCAUGUCGCUGUACCCCCGCACAAGGCGACGCAUGUAGCCGAGGAAUCACUGAGAACUUGUUUUGCGGAUUUUGGUAAUAUAUUCCGCGUUUGAAAAUUACCGUUCAUUACGAUUGUUCAGUUUGAUUGAUUGACAAUGAAGACAUAAAGACAUUUUUUUGUUUUUUUUUAUGCUUUAGUUGAUUGCUGCUUUGUCAGAUUUGUAGUUGAAUAAAUUUGAUGUGUAC